GGCGGAGCUGUGGUGACGAAGCGGGACCGGAGCAUGGGAGGGAAGGAGGUGGUGGUGGCUGUAUCGUCUCCUGUGCUGCCUCCGGUCAGCCGCGUCCAGGAGCCCGCAAGGAAGGUCAGGAGGAAGGAACCACAGGGAAGGGUCCCAGAGUGGUGGCCUGAGGUAGAAACCGAGUUGGUGGAACUGGGGCAAGAAGCGGAGAGGUGGGCGAUAUUGGCCAAUAGAUUGGUCCGAGCAAUCAUUGACAAUAGGGUUGCGGGGAGGGAUUACAGAUACGAUGAUGCAGUUCAACUAAGGCAGUUAUGCAAGAUAUCAGGAGUAAAGGUCUCAUUUGACGCAGAAAAUGCACGCGAUUCUUUCUAUAGGGCAACAACAGGCUUUGUUCUGGACGAUUGCAGCAGAACAGCAGAAGACAUGGGGACAACACAAAUUAAUGGAGAGAAUCCAAGAGAUUUUCUUGCUGGUCUUUCUGUGAAUAUUGGGUUGGACAAGUUCCGUGCUGCCACACUUAUUUGUGCAUCAGUUGCUGCUCGCACUCGUGCGUGUCUCUUGCAAUGCUGGGCUCUAGAGAUUCAGGGAAAACGAACGGAGGCACUAGAUGAGCUUGUAAAGAUCUGUAGAAUUCAUCGUGUAUUCCCUCCAGAAGAAAAUUCUGCAGAAAUGGAAAUGGUCGCUGGUGGACUUAAAAAGAAUUUGGAAGUUGCAGAGAGGGUUCACCUUCUCUCUCUAUACAGGGGCGUAUGUACUACUGGUGUCAAAACCGCUGCAGAAGCUCUUGGUCUGCUGCUGCUGCGGCUGCGCGGUUCUUCCCAGCUGCGCUCGGUGGGCCGGCGGCUGCUUCGCCGGAAGUCGGAUGCACUGAUGUGCGAGGCAGCAAAGCGGAGACCAGAGCACCUGGCAGGAGCCGCAACCUAUACUGCUGCGGACACGCCAACGCUGCGACCGGCGACGAAGGCCUCUGCAGGACGACGCCGAUGUGUCCACACUCCAUAAUGAUAGCUCAGUCUCACACGGUUCCAACUCCCAGUAUAUCUCCAGGAGAGCUUGCCGGACCAAUGAGAACAUGAGCAGUAAAAGGGUCCAUUAUUUUUGUAGUUCCAGCUUGGCGUUGUCAUGCCUCGGUAACGGUUGGAGGCUUCAGGCCGUUGAAAUAUUCACAAUUGAAGCCUUUGGCAUCCUCGGUUUUCUGAAGUUGCAGAAUAUGAGAGGUAUUUAAUUCGAGGAAUUAACAUGAGGCAUAAUACGUCAUAAGUUUUCCUAGCAGCACAAAAGGUCUAAAGCAUUUCAAACAAAGACGGUAUAAGGCAGUACAUAUGAACACGCUACCUUGUGCAUAGUUCGGCCAACACAUCCAAAACAGGUUCUCUUGUAAGACAUACACACAGUUUUGCUGGUGUCGUUGAACAAUGGCAGCAGUGGCUCAUCGAUGUAGCCGUGUAGGAUGCAGUUGUAGAGCAGGACAGUGUAGUGGAGGUAGACAGUUCAGGAUAGUGGCAUGUAUUUGCUUGGUCCGAAAAACUUUAUUGCCAUCAUUUCUGUCUGAAGGCUUGGAGAUCACCGCUUCUCUUC